CUUCCACGGGGUGGGCGUGCCCUUCACCUUUGACUGACAGGCGUGAACGAGGGACGAAAAUAAAACAAAAAAAAGAUUAAAAGUAGUUAUAUGGCGAUAUUAUUUAUACCACAAUCGCUAAUAGAAUAAGCUAAAUAUAUUGUCUUAAUAGAGAAUAUAGCAUUAUUAUUUACAAAAUAGUUCUAGUUAGAGGGCAGGAAGGGAAGGGAAACUCCCCUAAGUUAGUUCACAAGAAACGAAAACGAAAGUAUUCUACACAUUCGCUCGUUCUAUUUCUCAAACGGAGGAUCACUUAACCAACAGACAGGGAAAACAGAAGAAGAAGAUGUCUUCUAUCACCUUCUUUGGCUGGAGCGUACAAUAUGAUGAGGACCGACACCUGAGGGCCGAACAAGAGCCCAAAUCGGGCAAGCGCUACACCAUGUACCAUGGAACCAAGGUCCAAACGGCACGCUCCAUCAUCCAAAACGGCUUCCGACAGUCUGCUGACGGCAUGCUGGGACCUGGGGUGUAUGUGAGUCGCAACCAGAAGAAAGCGGAGCGUUACCCGCUGAACUCGCCCGUCACUGACAGGGUGGUGCUCAAGCUGAGUGUGGACUGUGGGAAAAUCAAACGAAUCGACAAGGAUAACCACCCUCUCCAGAAGACCUGGCACAGCCAAGGCUACGACACCGCCUGGGUGCCUCCCAACUGUGGCAUGAAGGCCGUGCCCAGUGGCCUGGAGGAAGACUGCGUAUGGGAUCCAAAGCGCGUUGGAGUUGUAGACAUUGCUUUGGCACCCAGCACCACCAUUCUGGCUGACCUCAAGCAGCUGCUCGCCCAGAGCCAACCCCAGCAAGGCCCGGCCACACCAGGAACAUGUCACUUAUGCAAGUGUAAAGUAGUCCCGGCGCAUAGCACACAAACCUGUUGGGGCUGCGGGGACACUAUCUGCACCCUUAUGACCCAGCACAAGUGCAAGCGCAGGGGAUAGGAAGCCAUUUAGAAAACACAUGCCAAGAUGGAUUAGAGGAUUAAAGAUUAAGGAUUAGGCUCGCUUUACCGGUUGGCCGCUGGGCACAGGUGCAUAGGCCUUACUUUGCUUUUGCUGACAAUCGCUUGUUUGAAAAGAGGUGCUCAUAAAUCAAGUUUUAAAUUUAUUAGAUGCAUCUACCUUGGUCCUACAUUGGCCAUAUUCUCAGAAAAACCUACCAUGAAGGAGCACUUUGUAGCACCUUACAGUCUCAAAAAAGAACCGUACCUUUCAGGAUACAAACGCUGUCACUGGAGUGACACCUUUAACACUCAUUUAAAGGGGAAUUCCAUCCAUCUUUCAAAAUCUUUGCAUAGCUCGCUCAUUAAGAUGUAAACAAAGUCAUUCAGAGGGGUUUGAUGUGAAACCGCUCUGUACUAGAGAAGCUUACCACAUCAGAUUUGUUCAAAAUGGUGGUGAUAGGAACCGGUUGUCCUAAAACAAAAACUCUCUCACAGAAAAUUAUUACAUGAAAUAUUUAUGAUGUAUGAUGCCUGACACACUGUUUUAUGAUAGAUCUGAGAUAAAGUUUAGGCCGAAAAAGUAUUUCUAACCCAAAAAGCAAAUUUCUUUGUAUUGGUACAUUUUAUAUCAAACCACUUUGAAUGACUUUGUAUGCAUCGCAGUGAUUGAAUUAUACAGAAACGUUUUCUGACAAUGCAUAAGUUUACAGUUACUAACUGUAGCCCAUCUGUUGGCGCACAGUUAAUCAGCCCCUCUCUGCUCUAUAAAUAGAACCAAGGACCACCACAGGACCACUGCUGACCAGAUAUUAUUUAAGUGGACAAUUCUCAGCACUGCAGUGACCUUGUUGGUACACCUUGUAGAUACUGUAGCUCUUAUUAUAGAUCUUUUUUUCCAUGUGCAAUUGGUGUUAGUUAUCCUUAAGCCCUACAUCCAUCGGUGAUCAGUUUCUGACCACAGGACCGUGGAUGACUGGAUAUUUUGGUGUUGGCCGACUAUUCUCAAUCCACCAGUGACAAUGAGAUAUUUAAAAUCCCAAGAAGUAGAGGGUGGCUGUAGAAAAGGGGGGCUACAUUCAGUAAUUACACAGCUACAAAGUGCACCUAUGUAGUAGAUGUAGCUGAUAAAAUGGCUAAUAAUGUAGAUAAAAGAUAGAUGUCUCUAAUAAAUUCAACUAAGUGUGCUGAAGAUAUUUAGACAAAAAGGAGGGUAGAACACAGGGUCAGCCGUAUUGCAGCACCUUUGAAUCCCAACUGGACUAAGUGCUUUGCCUGAGGGCAUAGCAGUGCUGGCUGGAUCGGAAAUAUUGGCUUGAAUUUAUUCACCUAAUGUGCUGUAAUUCGAAAUGUUUACCUGUUGCUGAAGAAUCAAAUGACCUCAGUAUUAUCUUCAGGUUACACAAUAUGCAUGACAAUGAUUUAUAAUGUAUUGUGCUAUUCAAUAUCAUUAUUUUCUCAGGAAAACUCUGUGGGAAAACUGCCUUGAUAAAAACUCAUAUAUACUCAUAUGAUAUAUAUGAUAUGAUGCCUUGAUAUAUACUCAUAUGUCACUGUUGUAACAAAACCUUAUCUCCAAAUGUGUUUAUAGGGGAAGGAAAAUGACGGUAUUUAUGAAAAGAUUUUAUUCAAAAUCAUUAUGGACCAUUCAUGUUGGUCCAUUCAUCAUGAGGUUUUCAAAUGGUGUCAAAAAUAAAAUCUAAAAUUGAAAAAAAGGUUUUUCAUAUGACAGCAACAACAUCUUAAUCUUGCCAUGAAGAAAUGACAAUCUUAAAAAGUGCCACAUGUUGAUGUUGUUCAACCUCAUGCUUUACAUGCUGCCACUUGUUAGCCAGAACGUAUUUUUAUCUAUUUGAUUUUGGGUUUCUGAAAUAAAUAUGAAUUUG